AACUCCACAAAACAUAAAUUCUACUGUUAAAAAUAUAACAAAUUGUUGGCAUAUAUGACAUAUUCAACGUGCAGAGAAUUGUAAACCAUUUUAUCAAAAAACUUACAGGGCUCUUGCAAAAUACAUUAGCUGAAGAUUAUCUAGCAGGCGCCAUAGACGGAGACGAAUAUCUAAAGAAAAUUAUCUAUGGCGACAAGAAACCAGAUAAACCCGGAGUAAUAUUAUUCACUGCACCUUAUAAACUAUGCAAAGGCCCUGGAUGUGAUGAUCCAGAUUUUGCCAUGGCAUUUCCACUCUUUGUCGGAAAGAAAGGCAAAGAUGUUUAUAAAAAAUUGUAUGCAAGGGAUCACUCAGUUAUACAUGGCGGUAAGCCUAACGCACCAUUUAAGCACUCGACGACUAAAGCCAGCACUACGACCACCACUACUGAGGCGUCAAUAUCUGCACCACAAUGUAUGAACGUAAAUGUGGACCUCGACUUAGUUACUAAAACUAAUGAAGUAAAAGAGACUAUCACGUGUCCGACAUUCCCACCAACUGAAGAAAAAACUACACCUACAGCGACUGAAGAGCCUACAACUGUAGAACCUACAACAAAAGAACCAACUACGGAAGAACCUACAACGGAAGAACCUACAACGAUAGAACAUACAACCGUAGAACCUACAACUGUAGAACCUACAACUGAAGAACUUACAACGGUGGAACCUAUAACUGAAGAACCUACAACUCAAGAACCUACGACUGAAGAACCUGCAACUGUAAUACUUUCCACUGCAGAACCUACUACUACGGUACCUACAACUGCAGAACUUACAAGUGACCAACCUACAACUGAAGCAAUGACAACUACGAUUGAGCUCCUACGUGCGAGGAAGAAGAAACUACGAUGACAUGCCCGACGGUGACUGGUUGUAUCAAAAGGAAAAGGUUAAAGCAUACACUGCCUCUAAAGUCAAGAACGUCUUCGUACAUAUAUUCUCGACAACAUACCACCACGACCAAGAACAAACCAGUGGUGAAUUCUCCAGAAGAAAUGUGGUAUGAGGACGAAGCUACAGGACCACAACCAAACACGCUACGCCAUUUCCUGCGAAACAACUAUGCAAUGAGAGCAACAACUCCGAUUCAUACUUUUAAGGAUUAUUAUUAUUACUAUUACCUUUUGAAAUAACCAAGACUUACAGCCAUUUAAAUUCAAAGUGCCUUAUUUUAUCAAAGCAUUGGCGAUGCAUUAUUUUUUAGUUUAUUACCAAUUAUGUAAAAUGAAAUAAAUGACCC